UGACCUUUAACCUUUGACACUAGAUGUGACCUUCCAGCCGACCCCUGCCCUGACCUAUCGUACCCUGGGGGGCAUCCUGGACUUCUACAUUGUGAUGGGACCCACUCCAGAACUGGUGGUGGAGGAGUAUACUGCCCUGAUUGGACGUCCCGUGCUCCCUGCCUAUUGGUCCCUUGGGUUCCAGCUCUGUCGCUAUGGAUACGCCAACGACACAGAGAUAGCAGACCUCUACAGAGAAAUGAGAGCAGCAGGAAUACCCUACGAUGUGCAGUAUGCAGACAUAGACUACAUGGAGCGUCAGCUGGACUUUGUGCUGGAUAGCCAGUUCCAGGGUCUACCGGCCCUGGUGGACCACAUGAGAGGAGAGGGCAUGAGAUUCAUCUUCAUACUGGACCCUGCCAUCGGUGCCAACGAGACAACGCCCUACACUGCCUUUGACCGUGGUGUAGAAGAAGAUGUAUUCAUCAAAUGGCCCAAGGAGCUCAGCAAUGACAUCGUCUGGGGGAAGGUAUGGCCUGACUUCCCUGGUGUUGUAGUCAAUGAGUCUGUAGACUGGGACACGCAAGUAGAGAUCUAUAGGUCCUAUGCGGCAUUCCCAGACUUCUUCAUGAAUCGUACAGCAACGUGGUGGCAUAGGGAGAUUUCUGAUUUCUACAAUAAAAUCAUGAAAUUUGAUGGACUCUGGAUCGACAUGAACGAACCAUCCAGCUUUGUCCAUGGAACAGUUGGAGAGAAGUGUCUGGGUCCCUCUGUCUACGACAACCCCCCAUACAUGCCACCCCUGGAAUCCAGCCACCGUGGUCUCAACCAUAAGACUCUGUGCAUGAACAGCCAACAGCACCUCAGUGAUGGUACCCCGGUCAAACACUAUGACGUACACAACCUGUAUGGAUGGUCUCACACCAAACCCACAUACGACGCCUUGCUGAGUGUGACGGGCAAGCGAGGGAUAGUGGUGACCAGGUCGACCUACCCCUCCAGUGGGAAGUGGGCCUGGACACUGGCUGGGAGACAACAACUCCACUGGAUCAACUCUACAAGUCAAUAAUAGGAAUGAUGGAGUUCAGUCUGUUUGGGUUUUCUUAUGUAAGUGACUAUCCUCUCUGGCUCCUUUCUACAUGGGAACGGUUGUUGAUUUCAUAACUGGUUUGUUUGUCGUAU